AUGAUGGCCCACACGCCUCUCAUCAUGCCUUCAUUCACUACUACUCCCUUCACCCGCAAGCCACGGUCAACAUGGCUCCUUUUCCUUGCCAUCAUCGCUUUGGUCUCGGCCACCUCCGAAUCCUUCUCGGGAACCCUUCCAGCUCAAAUCACGCCUCCCGCAGUAGCUGCUCCGCUUGAUGCUCUCAUCGUGGACGCCCGCUCUCCAACCAUGAUCAAAGGCCGGUGGACCAUGUUGCCGCAUGAGAACGACCUCAGGAAGCGAGACAAAGACGGCAUCACGCCUACGCCGAGUGCAACUCAAAAGGUUAAGGCUACGGACGACCCGACAACACUGACCCUUUCUGUCACGGUUCCCGCCGCGACCGCUGAGGCACCCUCGCCAUUGCCUUCGCCCUUCGAUACCAGUCUCGCCUUCAAUUUCACCAGCAACGACGGCGCCUCCUGCCCUCGGUUCAUCAACGAGCUCCUCACUAACCAGAAUUUCAAAAAGUGCUACCCGCUCUCAAUGUUGCUUCAGGGUUCGAGGUCCUUUUUUGAGGCUGAGAAGAAACUCCUCAGCAUCGUAAGGGUGCUUGACGCCACUUGCGGUGCCGACGUCGAUUUUUGCACAAAGUACCUGACCGGCGUCGCGGGCAAUCUCACCAUGGACUCUAACUGCGGCUCUGACUUCGACAGUGGCAACCCAAUCGUCAUGCAGGCCUACCUCGGCCUAAAAUCGUAUGAGAUGCUGUACAAAGCCACCUGCCUUACCGACCCCGAAACUUCAAUGUAUUGUUUCGCCAACGCCGUCACCAACCUCACGAAUCCUUCCAACGUCUACUUUUACUACCUGCCUCUCAACCUGACUCUCCCCAGCGGCGCGACGCCCACCUGCGGUUCCUGCCUUAAACGGACUAUGGAAAUCUACCAGACCUUCACGGCCAACCGCAAACUUGCUAUAUCAUCAAAGUAUGUGGACGCCUCAAAACAGGUCAAUACCAUAUGCGGGCCCGAGUUCGUCAGCGACAUCCUGCAAGCUGCCGUGAGCAUGUCGGUCCUCUCAAUACCAUCGUGGGCCCUGACAACGGUGUUCAUUGCCCUCGCGAUUGCUUUCAAUCUCUAA